UGAAACUAUUAUUUACAAUUUUUUUUGUGUUGUGAUUUUUGAAUGUCGAUUUGUUUAAAAUAAUAUUUAUUUCAUAUAAAUGAUAUAAAAAAAGAAAAAUUCUGUGAGGAAUUUAUUGUAAAAAUCUUUUUAAAAAUGACAAAAGUUUGUGACAUUUGUCAAAUUUCAUUCCCUAAGGAACAUGCAUUUAAAGGGCAUUUGUCAGGAAAAAAUCAUGUAAUAAAAAUGUUAACUGAACAAAUUGAUGACAAUAUUGAACUUAAUAAUUUACUGACAAUAUUAAAGGAGAAUAAAAAUUUUGAGAGUCAGUUAAAUUCAUUUUUAAAAAUAGUUACACCACAUGGCGAUGUUAAUGGUUCCUAUAAACGUAUUUGUUUACGUUUAAAUAAAUUAUUUCGAAAAUCAUUUCCAAUGUGUAAAUUAUUUAGAAUUGGUUCAACAUUAACUGGAUUGUGCUUAAAAAAUGAUCAUUUGAAAAUAUAUAUAAAUAUAGGUGAAACAAUUAAUUUGAAUGAAAAUGUUUCCUCUGAUUUAACACUUAAAAAAUUCUUUUCAACGGCAAAAAGUCUUUUAUAUCGUUACACACCAUUAUAUUGCGAUGUUAAAUUAUUUUCAAAAGUGCCAAAAAUUAAAUUUGUUGAUAAAGAAACAAAAAUCACUUGUGAAUUACAUUUUAGCAAUGGUUUAAGUGUUUUUAAUAGUCAAUUAAUAAAACAUUAUAUAUCAAUGGAUAAUCGCAUUAAACCAUUGAUGAUGAUUAUUAAAUAUUGGACGAGAAUUUGUGGAUUUUCAACAGAAUAUAUUUAUAUGGUUAAAUCAUCGGGAUUAUUUAUAACAACUUAUGCAUUGUCAUUAUUAUUAAUAUUUUAUUUACAACAAUCAUUUGUUGAUUUGGUGCCUUCAAUAUUAAAAUUACAAGAAAAUUGUGAUUCACAAAUUAUUGCCAAUUGGCAAGUGAAUUUCAAUGAAAAUAUUCAUUAUUUAUCAUCAGAAAAAAAUACAAGUUCUAUUGUUGAAUUGCUUUGUGGCUUUUUUCAAUUUUAUGCUAAAUUUGAUUUUCAAAAAUUUGUCAUUUGUCCAAUUGAUGGUCAUGCACAUGCAAAGGAAUUAUUUAAAAAUAUUGAUAAUCUACCAGAAUCAAUGAAAAGGUAUAAGGAAUAUAUUAAAGAUAAUGAUGAUCUUCUCUUUGAUAUUAAAAAAUCAUUAUGCAUUCAAGAUCCAAUUGAAUUGAAUAAAAAUUGCACAAAUGAUAUUUCCAGUGAAUUUGUUAAAUCAUUUCAAGAACAUGUUUCAGUGGCAGCGGAAAUUUGUGCUGAAAAUUUACAGAAUUCAACAAAUUUGCUUGUAAAUUUAUUUAAUAGUAAACCAAUGAAAAGAAAUAAUUCUACACUACUAAGUGUUACGACAAAAACAUCAUUGAUUAGUGAAAAAAAGAAUGUAAAACCAAUGAAAAAUCGUAAAAUAAAAUAUAAAAGAUUAAAACAUAAUAUGCAAAAGAAUGAAAAUUUUGAAGAUCAAUUGAAAUUAUUUUUAAAUGAAAUGACAUUAAAAGAUGAUGUAAAAGAAGCUCUCUAUGAACCUAUUUUGGAGCAAUUAAAUCAAUUGUUUCAAAAGUCUUUUCCAAUGUGUAAAAUACAUCAAUUAGGCUCAAUAAUGAAUGGAUUAUGUUUUAAAAAAUCUGAUUUGGAUGUAUAUUUAAAUAUAGUUGAAACAAUCAGUUUGAAUGAAAAAAAUACACUACCAAGUGUUUUAACAUUUCGAAAAAUAUCAUCAAUUGCAUUAAUGCAAUUACUUGAAAGUAGUUAUUCAUAUAGAAAAAUUGUCUCAGUUUUAAAAGGAAAAAUGCCAAUUAUUAAAUUUACCGAUAAAAAGACAAAAAUCACUUGUGAAUUAUCAUUUAAAAAUCAAAUAUGCAUUUACAAUAGUCAUUUGAUAAAAUAUUAUUUAUCAAUUGAUACACGCCUUAAAUUAUUAAUAAUGAUUGUUAAAUUUUGGGCAAAACUUUGUGGAUUUAAAAUUGCAAAAAUAACAAAUUAUUCAUUAAUAUGGUUAUGCAUAUUUUAUUUACAACAAUCAAAUGUUAAUAUUGUGCCUUCGGUAAUAAAAUUAAAAAAUGAUAUUAAUCCUGAAAUAAUUGAUGGAUGGCAAGUGAAUUUCAAUGAAACAAUUAAAUAUCCAUCAUUUAAUUAUAAAACAAUUCCUGAAUUACUUUGUGGAUUUUUUGAAUUUUAUGCAUAUUUUGAUUUUGAACAAUUUGUCAUUUGUCCAAUUGAUGGUUAUGCACAUCCAAAGGAGAUUUUUAAAAAUGUGAAUAUUUUACCCGAAAGCAUGAACAGGUACGUUGAGUACGUGAAAAAUACAAAAAAUCCAAUUCCAUUGAAUGUGGAAACAACAUUUUGCCUUCAGGAUCCAAUUGAAUUGAAUGUCAAUUGCACUUUUACUACACCUGAUUAUUUUUUAAAUGUCUUUCGAAAGCAUAUGUCGAUUGCGGCAAACAUUUGUUCAUCAUCACUUGAAAAUAAUUGUUCUAAUUUAUUGUUACAUCUAUUUGAAACAGUAAAGUAUAUCAACAAGAAGGAAACAAAAAAAGUUGAGCGAACAAUUAACAGUGAUAGCAGUGAUUCUUCAAGUUAAUCGACAAUUAUUCAAUCUAUUUUUUUAUGAAAUAAACACAUUUUUUUUAGAAAUGUAUUUUUCUAUAAAA